AUGUCUCUCGAGGUCAUUUACGUGACCCGGCAUGGGUUCCGUUCGCCGUGGAGUGUCGAACCGUCUACCGGCAACUAUACGGCUACUAUCCGGUCCCCUACGGGUUUGCCAACGGACCCUGCCCUCACGUCUCACGGCGUUGAGCAGGCGAAUGAGCUAGCAAGCCACCUAUUACGGCUAGAUCCGCCAGUUGAGCAGGUUUACUCGAGUCCAUAUUAUCGGUGCUUACAGACUAUUCAGCCAUUUGUGCGUAGCUUCAGACGUAGCCAGACCCAGUCGCCUGGGCAUGUCUCGGAGGAGGCCCCUUUUGAGAUCCGUGCGGACCGUGGGCUGAGCGAGUGGUAUGGCUCUGCUCACUUCGAGCACCCGUCGUCAGCGCCCGUGGAUGAGCUACAGUGCUAUUUUCCCGAAAUCGACGCUACUUAUGCGUCUAAUCCGGCGCCCUCACGCUAUGGAGAGUCGCUACCGCACCUACACGACCGGGUUACAAAGGUAAUCGACACUAUCAUUAAACAUAGCGAUCGGGAGGGGCGCAAGGCGGUGCUAGUGUGUACCCAUGCAGCUGUGGUCAUCGCUCUCGGGAGAGUUCUCACUGGGCAGAUGGACGUCGAUUUUCGCGCAUUCACCUGUGGAUUGAGCCGCUACCGACGGCGGAGACUUCCUAGCCUUGGGGAAUUGAUUGGUCCUAGCGGUGAGGAGGGCCUCAAUUCUGCAGCCCCGACCGCGCAGGGCGGGAGUCAGAUCGGUGAGGCUGGAUCUGAGGUCUGCCCGGGAGCCGAUUCCACAGGUGCUGCCGAUCGCUAUCCACACGACUCAGGGUGGCCUGAUAUAGCGUCACCACAGAGGCGCAGGGCGGCUGGACUAAAUGGAGGCUGGAUCUGCGAGCUAGAUUCGGACUGUAGCUUCCUUCGGUGUGGCGAGGAAAGGGGAUGGAGGUUUACAGGUGACGAAUCAUUCAUCGAGGUUGAUGAUAACGACCUACGCUCAUCUAGUGUAGGCCCCGACUCUGGUACGUCGGUUGAUAGGAUGAAGCUAGGAGCCGACGACGGCCACACUAGUGGAACCUCCAAGUUGUGAUCUAUCGUCCACGCCAACCAGUUGCUGGUCCUGAUAGCGAGGUUUGCGGCUUGCACAUUGAUGAUGUGCUUGUGCAAUCAUCAAUCCCAUCUGCGCCCACCGUCACUUUGUACAGGGUAUAGCGAUAUAUACCUUUAGACUCGCUCCGGUUAGCACAAGCCUACUCAGUGCAAAGCUGCUCGUCGAGUAUGAGCCCUCCCACAUUAAGAGACCGUGCCGGGCUCAUCUAUAGAGGCUCAAAAGCCUCUUCCUUUGGGCAUGUAACUAUCUUGCGAGGAUCACCGACGUUUUCUGAUUAGUAGCGCCGUCUUGCG